UACCAUAAACAUAAGCAAGAUUCAAUACAGAUGUAAUAAAAUUUGUAAAAACAUGCUUAAAACAAAAACAGAUCUCAUUUUUGACUAAAUGAAGUUAUUUAUUGCAGAUAAUCAGCAAUGGCCCUCAAAUACUCCAAUCAGAAAAAAGUACUGUCAAGCUCUUUAAAUCAGAGUAGAUGCUGAACCUGUAUACAUAAAAUUUCCAUUUAACCUAAGUUAAAUAAGAACAAAUUAUGAAAACAGCACACAUUUUGGCAGCUGAGUCAGUCUAAAGACCUCAACAGGUUGUACUUUGCCCCCGUCAGCUAUACUUGCUUCAGGAGAUUUUACAUUGUCUUUUCAAUGAAUUGUCAAUCCCCGUCUGCUUACCAUAGGAACAACAUUUUGCUAUUCUUUGUACUGCACGUGCAAACUAUAGUUCUCUUUUUCCCCAAAGAGGUGUAAUUUGUUUUGCUAAACAGGAUGGUUACUAUUAAAACAAAUACUGCUUUUGAAUUCUGUUUUAUGUAAUAUGACAUCUUCUGAUUCUGUUCUUACAGAAAAUUUUUAAAAAUUAUUUUGUUUAGAAUCCAGCAGACUGUGAGAAUGUGCGGGUUGCAGUAUGUAACAUAAAGGGCUGUGGAUUUGGCUGCCAGCUUCAUCACUUAGCAUACUGCCUCUUAGUGGCAUAUGCUACGGAACGCACUCUAAUUCUGGAUAUACCAUAUUGGAACUAUGUCUCUGAUAAAGGAUGGGAGUCGGUGUUCCAGCCACUUUCUGAAACUUGUACAAAUGAUUCAAGACAAGAAAGAGAGCAGGUAGAAGUGUUUUCAGCAUCUUCUAAGAGCUAUUCUCCAAUAAGGAUUCUCAAGAUACCAGUGGUGGAUUCUCUGAAUCCUCGGCCAGACAUUUUACCUCUGGCCAUUCCCAAGGAUUUGGCACCUCGGCUUAUGACUUUCCAUGGCGACCCUCCUGUAUGGUGGAUCGGUCAGCUGUUACGAUACCUCAUGCGACCACAGAAACAUCUUCAGGAGAACAUAGAGCAGUCAGCAAAGGAGAUGGGAUUUAAGAAGCCGAUAGUUGGAGUCCAUGUUCGACGUACAGACAAAUUGUUUGGAGAAGCUGCUUUUCACAGCCUAGAAGAAUACAUGCAUCAUGUGGAGGACUAUUACCAGCAGCUAGAACACCACACUGGACCUCUUACACGACGUGUUUAUUUAGCUACUGAUGAUCCAAAUGUCCUGAAGGAGGCUAGAGAGAAUUAUAGAAACUACAUCUUCGUAUAUGAUGACUGGAUAUCUCUAGCGGCUCAUGAAUCUCGCUACACUCCAAGAUCAUUGAUGGGGAUCAUUCUUGAUAUCCAUUUCUUAUCUUCAAGCGACUACCUUGUAUGCACAUUUUCUUCACAGGUAUGUCGAGUGGCCUAUGAACUAAUGCAGACCCUGCAUGGUGAUGCUUCAACCUACUUCAGAUCUUUAGAUGAUUCAUUCUACUUUGGUGGCCAGAAUGCUCAUAACAUGCUUGCUUGGGAAAACUACAAUGCUUCUCGAAAUGAAGAGAUCUCCCUGCAAGUAGGCGACUUGGUAGGAAUAGCUGGAAACCACUGGGAUGGAUUUUCUAAAGGAACUAACCGCCGUACUGGACAAUCAGGACUGUACCCAUCCUACAAGGUGGUAGACAAUGUUGUGGCAGUGUGGAUGCCACUUUAUGUCAAUGUAAAGGAUGAUGAAAAUACAUAAUAAAUUUCACGUCAAAUAAUUGAACAUGGUAUAC